AUGAGUCAAAAGUCAAAGCAGGCAGCAUUGUCGUGUUUUGAAUUUCUGCACAUGGAAAUGAUCGAAUAUGUAGUGAAUGAUCUGUGUAAAAAUUCUAAAGAAAAAGCCUAUUCUAUAGUUGAACGUAUGGGAUAUAAUGUAGGAUUACGAAUUGCCGAGAAAUUGACAAAGGAUAGAACAACCCGAUUUAAUGAUGAUCUUGAUAUUAUUAAAUUUAUUUGUAAAGAAUUUUGGGCUGAAGUUUUUAGAAAAGGUGUAGAUAAUUUAAAAACCAAUAAUAGAGGAACAUAUGUACUAAAUGAUAAUAGAUUUUUAUUUCUUUCGCGAUUUGCAACAUCAAACCCUGAUGAAACAAAUAAUGCUGCAAAGGAUUAUGUAGUAUUUGCUUGUGGUGUUGUUAGAGGAGCAUUGACAGUAUUAGGAAUUGAUGCAUUUGUGACAGCUGAAAUUAACACUGUGCCUGUAGUAUUAUUCAAAAUACAGAAAAAGUAA